AAUGAGAAAGAAACUAACUUUAGUGGUUAGCAUUUUCUUAUAAACGUGCACUCUUUAACACGUUACUGGAUGCUUAGUUUCUUUUAAGUAAUUUAAUUUAAUUUAAUUUUGUUAGGAUGAGUCAUCGUAAGUUUUCAGCUCCCCGUCAUGGGCACAUGGGAUUCGCUCCUAAAAAGCGAAGCCGAAGACACCGAGGUCGAAUUGGUGCUUUUCCCAAAGAUGACCCAUCUAAACCUAUUCAUCUUACGGCCUUUAUUGGUUAUAAAGCCGGUAUGACCCACAUUGUUCGUGAAGUCGACAAACCUGGUUCAAAGGUUAACAAGAAAGAGGUAGUCGAAGCAGUUACUAUCUUGGAGGCCCCACCAAUGGUUAUUGUUGGUUUGGUGGGUUACAUUGAUACUCCACGUGGCCUGAGAACUUUCAAGACUAUCUUCUCUGAACAUUUAAGUGAAGAUUGUAGGCGAAGAUUCUACAAGAAUUGGCACAAGUGUAAGAAAAAGGCUUUCACUAAAUAUGCCAAAAAAUGGCAAGACGAAGACGGUAAAAAAGCUCUUGAUAAAGACUUUGCUCGAAUCAAGAAAUACUGUACCGUUAUUAGAGUAAUCGCUCACACUCAGAUGAAGCUCAUGAAGAAACGACAGAAGAAAGCUCACAUCAUGGAGAUUCAAAUCAAUGGUGGAACUGUACCUGAGAAAGUUGAAUGGGCUAGACAACACUUUGAAAAACCAAUUCCCAUUAGUCAAGUUUUCGCUCAAAGUGAAAUGAUUGAUGUUAUUGGUGUUACCAAGGGUAAGGGUACUGCAGGUGUCACUAGCCGAUGGCAUACCAAGAAACUUCCAAGGAAAACACACAAAGGUCUUAGGAAGGUUGCCUGUAUCGGUGCUUGGCAUCCAAGUCGUGUCCAAUACACGGUCGCUCGUGCUGGACAGAAAGGUUAUCAUCAUAGAACUGAAAUCAAUAAGAAGAUCUAUCGAAUGGGUAAAGGUGUUCAUGUUAAAGAUGGUGAAACAAUCAAAAACAAUGCCGCAACUGAAUACGACACUACCAACAAGACCAUCACUCCAAUGGGUGGUUUCCCCCAUUAUGGUGAAGUAAACUGUGACUACAUCAUGAUUAAGGGUUGUGUAAUGGGUCCUAAAAAGCGAGUUAUUACACUUAGAAAGUCUCUCCUGGUACACACCAAACGAGCUGCUCUUGAGGAAAUCAAACUCAAGUUUAUCGAUACAUCAUCUAAAUUCGGUCAUGGUAGAUUCCAAACUCAUGCUGAGAAGAAGGCUUUCAUGGGUCCAUUGAAAAAAGAUCGACUCCGGGAAGUUGAAGGAAAGUAAAAACCACGAUGUAUCUUUGAUUAGAAUUUUGCAUUCUAAAAUAAAUGAAUUAAAACACAAAUUUUAUUUUCUUA